CAUGCAGGACUGCGUUGUUCUGCUGCAGGCUGCAAGUAGACAACAACGGGAGACCAAUAAGACCGAUAUGGAGUUACGCCAAGAUUAUAAACAUUAUCUAUGAGCUCUGCCGUGUCCCGCUCCUAGAUGGGUUUACCAAGGGUAAGCAGAUCAACGACUGGUCUUACCCAAUUUUAGAACGGAUCAUCGCUAUCUUCUACUUCGGAUUGGAUAACCUAUAGACCUGCCAGCACCGAGAAGAUGGCGGAAGUUUAUUGCAUAUGUGUGAUCGCCUACAUGGAGGGGAGGAGGCCGCCUCCUAGAAGGGAGCUGAGUUCGACUUUGGAAGCACUUGAUAAACGCGCUCGACAUCUCGAGGCUACAUCCCAAGUCACACCACCCCCACCAUUUCUUGAAACAACGUGGGACUCACUUACAUGGCGUGUGUGCCGUCUGUCACGUUUACUACCGCCUACUAAGGCGCUCAAGAAGGCACCGCCUUUGGGGAAUGCCGCCUCUUUGUCUCUCUUGAAGGGUGCCAUGUCGACCAUCGGCGUUGAGAACCAGAUCCCCUGGUCCGUGGACGAUAAUCUGGAAGAAAAAGAAUAUAUAAAGUUAGCUGCGCAAUGGCUCUACUAUUACGCGGGCCAACGCAAUGUUGAGAUCAGGCCCCCUUCGUUUAAAUUCGAGGACGUUUGUUCUCUAGCGCUGGACCUAUCUCUGGAGGCUGAAUCUGGGUUCCCUUGGAAUAGGCGACCAAUGCCCCCCCCUGGUCUCGUGGUACCUCCGAUGAUCAACAUGCAAAGAGCAAGAUGCUGUGGCUGCUGCUCCUGUAGUUGCCAUAGGAACUUAAGACCGCGACGCGAUUCGAGCGUGAGCUCGGACGAGAGUUCACAUAGGAGUUCGCACCGUGGGAGAUGGCCGGUGUUCGGAUGGUUCAGAAAACUCGCCUUCUGGCGUAGGAGACGCAUUGCGGACGAUUCUUCGUCAUCAUCGAGCACGAUUGUGGACGACUAAAGGAAUGGUCCCCUGAUAGGGAGCGAAUUGUUUCUCGAUAAAACUUCAUGUACCAAACAUAUCAUUGAGUUUAUGUACUUACAUUAGUGAUACG